AUCCGGUGUGUAUGAAAGGUUUGCCUCUAUUGGGAUGAAAGUUCGUACUUUUACCGAUAUCCUGUGGAUUAGUGUUAAACCCAAAGAGAUACAGCAAGAUUGAAACAGAACCAAUGAAAAUUAAGGUGAAGUUUACGAUCCAUAUAUAAUAGUAGGAAUCAACAGAUUUAUUUCAUAAUAUAUAAAAUAGCUAAAAAGUUAACGGAGAAUUUAUGCUUGAAUGGAAAUAAAAGUCAUCUCAUUAUUAAUCUAAAUUUAUGUUAAGAUACACGUAUUUAGUUUAGAAAUGAACUGCAUGGCAGAAGUCCUCUCUAUUUAGAAUUGGAGUCAUUCAGUGCUGCGCUCACCAAGUCUCUAUAUUAGGCGAGUCAAAAAAUAUUAGGCCUUUUUCAUAUAAUAGGGCCUACCAGUGAGGGUUAUUUUUUAUUUUUUUAAAAAGGGCUUAUUUUGAAUUAUUUUGGACUUUAGGGGUACACAAGACGCUGUUGACAUGCAUUAGGAAUAUUUUCAACAAAAAUAAGUCAAUCAACCCUUGUAGCUUAUUCGGAGGGGGGGGGGGGGGGGGGGUUCCUGAAAGCAAGCACCUGUGGUAUAAUACUUACUGUGACCUCAUAGUACUUUUGUGUAUACUAUGACAGAUAAAUACGACUGAAGAAGACCGGUAACACGGUCGAAAUAUUUCUAGAAAGUGUUUAGAGUUGGGUUUUUUUUUUAAAUAUCAUAUCAUUACAUAUAUACUGAACAAAUUCGAGCUGCAUAUUUGUUGUCAACAUUUGGCGCAUGCACAGUAGCCUUGUUCUGAAGUUACGGAGCGAAAUAUUAAUGAGUAUGAAUAGUUUUCUCGAAAAUUACGGUUUAGUCAUUCAUCAAAAUGUUAGAAUUUACAGUUUUUAGAUAAGGAAUAUUGACCAUAAUUAUCAUUAAUAUCAUUAUAGACCAAUGAAAACCUUACAUUUUCUUCACUUCCGGUAAGUCAGUCAAAAUGGAGAACACAGGAAAUUGAUUUUCGCAAACAAAAACAAUAUUAUUUACCACCGAAAUAACAGCUUACGGUGAUAUGAACUCUGAGGUUCUUCAGCUGUCCCCGGAGGCCUCUCCAUCCACCUCAUGGGCUCCUGUCCAGGACGGUCCAUUUUCCCAACUGAAGACAGAGCACGAGUCCAGUAAGCCAGAUUCACCCCUUCAUACAGAGAGAGUGUCGCCUCUGUUGGUUGACAAUGGAUCCCUUGGUGGGCCCCUUCAUAUACAGACAGAAGUACAGGCAGAAGUCAUAGCAGAACAAACUAUUGCAAUUACAGAAGAUGGUAGCACCUGGGAUGAAAACACUGAUGUUGUUUCCAUGGAAACCAUGUCUUCUAAUUCAACACCUGUGCCAGAUGGAGGUGAAGACUUACCAACUGAAAGAAAUAUGACAGACAACUUCAGAUCCUACAUGGACCAUCUGUCUCAUCUCUCCCCUGACCCGGACAGCAAUACGUCACCAUGGCAGCGACCUAUUAAUGAUAGUAAUGCAGUUGACAUGUGUUCCUCUGAUGAAUCUGUAGAUAGUAACCAUUCUACUCAGGACUCCAGCAAAGAUGCAGAUACAGCUAUGGUGACUUCAGAUAACAAUAGAAGAAGGAGUUAUAUCAAUGAAUCCUUUGAGUCUUGGGGGGAGGAUACAAAUCCAUAUGAUGUGUACAACCCCCACAAUCCCUAUGCCCUUUUUAAUCUCCCAACUCCUGCUACCCACCAGCAGCCUACCACAUUUAAUGGAUUUGAUUACCGGACUCGAGUAUUACCACAUGAACAUGAGCGAGGGGGAGGGUUCCGACGGGUGGGACGCCAUCCCUCCCACACCUCGACCCACAACUCUGCUAGGGAGAGAUCUGCUCCUAGGGAGAUUAUUCCCCCUGUACCUACAGGAAGAGUGUCUCCCGGAAUGCGUGUCUGCUCCCCACCAGCCAUAGUAAGAGUAGGAUCUCAGCCCCAUGGUGAGAGAAUCAUAGUGGCUCCUCUUCCUGAAAUGGAGAAUGUGACAUUAGGGAUUCCAAGCUCUACAUUCCCAAGACCAGCAACCAUGCCAGGGGCUGAGAGAACUGACCCAAAUGUUGGUCUAGAGGACAGAAUGGAAAUGAACCUUGAAGUUGGAGAUGAUGUAAAUCAAGCUGAUGGAGUUCCAAUGUCAUGCGACUCAAGAUUCUGUGCUGCAUCGUAUAAGUCUUGUUCAAAAGCUGCAGAAAAGUCUAGUAAGUCUCAUCACUCAUGUCCAACCUACAGAGGUAGUGGACAUUGGCGGAGUCAGAAGAUAGGUAGACAUUCCUGUAUGAGGGGGGUUGAUUCCCAUACUGACAGAGGGUCUCCAUUCUGUGAUCAUUCCCAGCCAGAAAACUCAACAUCAAGGGAAAACUCCCAAAGGGCAAUAAUGAAUGGACAAAAUGUUCUGCAAGGGGAUUCCAAACCACAGAGGGAACAUUUGAUAGGGGCUACAGGGACUGUCAGUGUACUAGAGCACAGGUCAGAGGGUGAAGGUCGAGAAGUCAGUGAUUUAUUGAGACCGGUUAGUUAUGAUGAGGACUCUGGUGCCCCUGUGGCAGGUUGUCAGGGUGUGGAUGUUCUCCGGAGUGACAGUGAGGGGGAGGACCUAGGCAGCAUUGACCUGACCCAAUCUGAUCUGGAGGAGAGAGGUCCAGGGGAGGGGGCAGAAAGAACAGACUCUCCUAUAGUGCCUAUCCUCCCCUUCGAUACAGAUGACCCAGAUACAACUUAUCAGUCAGAUGACAGUGAUGUUGAGGUCAUUGGCGUCGAUGCUGGUGAAAGAUUUCCUCGCCGAAGACAGGAAUCCACAGGGAGAGCAACAGUAGUAGUAGAUCUCACAGAGUCUGACGAUGACCAAGAAAAUAACCGGUCCAACAUCAUGUCUUUCAAUGUGCCCCCUACAUCCCAACCUGCCACAGUGGAGAAUCGCCAACCCAGUUCUGCACCCAAUUUUCCCUGUAACCCUAGUAACUCUGAGCUUGGGACUGGAGCUCCACCGCCACAAACCUCCAUGUUCCAGCCCAUUCCACGGGCUUACAGACAGCCCCCACCUGCUCAUGUCCAUCCAAACUUUGGUGUACCUAUGAUGUGUCGAUCUCAUGACCAUGGUCAGGCAUGCAGUGGGCAUGGAUGCAACCAGCAUCCAGCAGCACACAUGCUUCCCUGUUCUGAACGUCUAGGCUGUGCUUUCCAUGAGAAUGGUCACCCCCACAUGGGUGUCAAUCAUCCUAGUCACAUGCCUGGGCCACACACAGGCCAUGCUCACAUGGGUGCCAGUCACAGCAAUCAUGGACACCCCUCCUCAAUGCCAGGACACCCAUCUCGUGGUGGCCUACAUCCUCAUCCGCAUUUACAGCGUCACACCCAUGGGGCCCAAGGGGCCUGUGGAGGUAACUGUUCCCAUGGUGUGCCACCACACAUACACCAUGCAGCUCCACCUCCACAGCCGCCACGAGCCCACAUACACCACCACCACUACCACCCCUCUCCAAUCCUCCCCCCAGGAGUGGUGCCCUUCCUUUUGCCACAGCAACAUUUACCUGAGAUGGCUACAAGGAAUAUAGAGGGAAUGCCAUUGUUUCAACACAAUUCUAUCAGUUCUGCGAGUUGCCUACAGAAUGGCGCUCCACCCCCAAUGAUGAACUGGCCCCGAUCUCAGCCUCAGAUGACCCCAGGACAGUGUGGGACCUCCUUCACUAGCCAGAGAGCUACACCCAACCCACAUCCACACCACCCCCCAGAGGCCAUGCCAACUUCUUGUGGUCAAAACCAGAUGAACCCAGGUUCUCAACCUCACCAACAUCUACAUCAUCAUCUUCAUCAUUAUCACCACCCUCCCAGGAUCCAUCACUUCCCUAUUGCUCCAGGGAUGCCUUCAGACUUUGCUCCUAUUCAUCAGAUUACCCCUAUGCACCCACAUGCUCUUCCAGCAUUUACAUACCAGCUGAACUAUAACAUCCCCCGCAACCUUCAGCUCAGGAUGGGUCGCAUGAUGAUGCCUCACAGACCUACAUACGAGGAACUGCUGAGUUUGGAAGAGAGGCUCGGUAAUGUCAAUAGAGGGGCAACCCAGGACAUCAUUGAAAUGAAUACAUUACCCUACAAGUACAAAAAGAUGAAGAAGGAUGGGGAUGAUGACCAGCUUGAGAAGUGUACAAUUUGUCUGAGUGAGUUUGAGAUGGAAGAAGACGUCAGACGACUCCCUUGUAUGCAUUUAUUUCACAUCCAGUGUGUGGAUCAGUGGCUGACAACCAAUAAGAAGUGUCCCAUCUGUCGAGUGGACAUAGAAGCUGGAAGUAAAGGACGCAUUGCACAUGAAUGAAAGAUAACAGGGAGGUGGAAGUGGGCUGGUGAAGGAUUUAUAGUUAGGGAUGUGACUUUUGGUAUUUCUUUAAAAAUGGGCCAAGUUCUUAUACAUUGUUUAAAAAAAGAUAAGUCAUGUGGCUUAAUUUCUGUUCAGAUGGAAAGGGUGUGUUACGAAAAUUAUGUAUUUUGUUGAAUUUGAGUACUACCUUGUGUGAAUUUCCUUAUAUGAAAAAAAAUGGUAUGAAAUUGCAUGGAAAAUAACAAUUCUUCACAAAAUAGUUGAUUUUAAGUGAUAGCUGAAUAAGUGCUAAAUAUUUAGUUUUAAUUAUUUUUCUUGAUAUACUGGUUGGUACUAAAAAGUAUCCUGGGUUGUAGACUUAACGUAUUUGCAAGUAGAAAAAAAUUGUCAAAAUAAGUUUAAUUUGUGCUGUAUUGAUUGCAGAGAAGACAUGGAUCCUUAGUUUUGGGGUUUUAUUUUUUUGAUAGACUUUAGUAUUGAAUUUGAAUUUUUGAAAAAAAUAUCUGUUUUUGGUUUGAUUUAUUAAACAAUAUUAAUCUAAUGACAUCUAAUAUAGUUUAUUUUUGAGAGUUUUGCCUCAUUGCUGUGCAUUUUUAUUUCUGCAUUUAUUUUGAAGUGUUUCCAUGCAUUUUUUCUGUAAUAUCACGGUCUUUUCUGUAAUAUCACAGUCAUUGACAGACACUGUCUUUGCAGUAUUGCACUUAAAGAAACUUUGUAAUGUGUUCUUUUUUUUUUUCCCUCGUCUUUAAAAGGUGCUAACUAUUGUUGUUUUAUUUAUUUUCACUAAAUUAGAUUAAUGAUACAAAUACACUUGUUUUCUAAUGUAUAUAUCAAAAUAAAUAUAAUAAUGCUUUGGUCAUGGUCUGCCUAUAUGCAUAUGUUUACAUUGAGUUAAAUCUACAUUUCCCAGCCCCUAUCAAUCCUGAAAAUAUCUGUAGAAUUGCCUUAUGUCUAGUCUUCCUACCUCUUACCGCUACAUUUAUAGAAUUAUUUUUUUGAAAACAUGUGUUCUAUUUUUAAGCAUGAUGCAAUAGUCAAUCUAUUUUAUGGAAAUAUACACUUGCGUAGAGGUAAUUUGCACUAAUAAGUGGCUUUGUAUUACAAUUUUUAUAUUAGCAUUGCUGAAAUAAGAAGUAGUGAGGAAUAAUUUAAAGUUUGGGUUAUCUUGUAUGGCCCAGAUCUAGUUCACCUGAUCAAGAUUUGUUUGGCAUCUGUCUAUUUGGCAUACAUUUUUCACAUCUUAAUCUUCUCAAGUACCACAAUGCCAAUUUCAGUUAAACUUCCACAAAGCAUUCUCUGAUGAAGGGGAUUCAAGUUUUUUUUUAAUGAGGGAUCAUGGGAUAUUUGAUAGGGUGAUGAUUACGGAAUUAAAAAAAAAAUCAUUCUGAAGAAUAAACUAGAAAAGUUGAAACUUAUAUAAUUUAUAUAAUAUAGAUUCAAAUUUGUUCAAAUCAUAACCCAUCAGGGUAGUACCAAAACAGGUUCAAAGUUUUUUUUUAAAGGUAUACAUAGGAUAAUUGUUAUAGGGUAUUCAGAAGAAGUAUAGGUCAGAGUUUUGCAGAACAAUCACAAGGGCACGAUUCGUGUCCUCGUGUAGUGUAUAGAGCCGUGACACCCUGAACUUCGGGUUGGGCCACUAGAGGACUUUUGAAGUUUUACAUAUUAGGUUGAAAUAAGAAAAUAAUUUUCAAGAGGCUACAAUAUAUUGAAGGAAAAUGUAAGCAUUUUCAUGUUGUGCAGUUUGUUCACACUUAAAAGGGCCAGGACAGGGCAGAAAGAGGGUUUCAAUGUUUGAUAUGUUUCAAAUAUAUAGGGAAUUCUUUAAGAGCCAUAAGGGUUAAUAUGCAAGCAUAAUUGGUAUAUAUUAAAAAAAAAUUUACCCAGUGAAACCCAGGAUUAAGGGUGGGGCCACAAGAGAUGGUCAAAUGGUAAGGCCAAAAUAAAAUUAUAGUUCGUUUGGAAUUGCCGCCCGGUCAUUAAAAAAAUUUUUGUCGAUAAAAUUUUUUUUUGUUUUUUUUUUGUUUUUUGGUUCCAUCGGUAAAAUAAAAAGUUUAUAAUUUUGUUCGAUCGACGAAAUACUUAUCUUUUAAACAUUGGGUUUGACAUCCACUUUUAUAUAAUCAGUCGGAUCAGUAAAAUGCUUUUUUCUUGCAAUCUGUAUUGUUGUUGACAAACAGAGGCUGCCAAAUUGUCAGCGUAAAGUGUCCCGCUAUUGUCAGCGUGAAGUGUAAAGCGUCCUGCUAUUGAGCCAAAUAUUCCCUUCUCUGUUUCUAUAUAUGAGGUGAAAAUCAGCAAUAUAACUUACAGUUUUAGUCUUCACAAUAUUUUAAAAGAGAUCGAGAGCGAAUUGAAAACUCCGAUGUACCACUGUCAGAUGACACGGGCAAUAUCGACCAGAGUUACGUGGAUCUUACAUAUGUGAAUUGCUUAAUCCACAUGGAGUUUGCAUACUAUGCUGACGCAGCUAAGUGCAUAAGGAAAUAUUUAUGCUUUUACUGUGCAUCAGCUAAUACCAUGCAGUUCCAAAGGACCAAAAUUUAUUAAAGAAAUUAUGUGGGUUCUCCUAGCCUGUGCUGAUUGUCUUGUCAAAGGGCUAGAGAUUUUCAAAGAGAAAUCCUUGAAAAUAGACUGAUGAAAUUAUUGAUAGGAACUGUGACAGUUUUGUCAGAGUUUUGAGGAUUUUGAAAUCAUUUUAGUUUUCACCUUUUUUCCCCGUAUUGAUUGGUUCCGAAUUAAACCGAAAAAAUAUCUGAAAAAUAAAUCUGUUAAUACUGUUUUCUAUAUUGAUUUUGAAUUCAACUUCAAUAAAAAAAAUAAUAAAUUCCCUCCCUCCCCCCCUCCCUCCUGGGUCCCAAACCCCCAUGCGACAAUUCCAAACAAACAUUUUUUUAAGGAUGGCCUAAUAGGAAUAUAUUCUUUGAAAACCUUCUUCUCAAGAACCAAUGGGGUACAAUGUGUCAAAUCAAUAUGGAAGCAUGUUGUUAAGAUUCAAAAAUUGUUCAGAUAAAAAAUCCCUAAGGUCAGGGAGGGAGGGGUGUUUUAUUUGGGGAAAAUGCAAUUGUUCAGGUGAGCAAUGAAAUUAAUAGGCCUCUUGUGUUGAGAUGUAAUUUCAUGUACAUUGAGGCAUUUUGUUUUGUAUUAAUGGGAUAGGGUCUAUUAUCUUCAAAUUCUACAAUAAAUUUACAGGAUUCUACAGUACAUGGGAAGACAAUUUUAGAAACACUGUAUGUAUAAUUAACACGCAUACUUAUUAAACCUCCAAUGAACAUGAUUAACAUUGAAGCAUUAGCCAUUGUAUACCUCAUUAUCAAACAAUGACAGAUGAGAAUUUUGUUCAUUACACAUUUAUUGAAAUCAAAUGGAUAGAGUUCAAAAUUUAUUUCAUUACACAAUAAAUCCUGUCCAAGGCAAGCCUGGUUCAUAUGGAGUAUAAAGGAUUGGGUUUGCUGCUUACUAAUUGAACCUGUUUUAUUUUUGCUAAGAAUAAUUUUUAUCAUUGUGGAAAGCUUGUAAGAGUUUUAAAGGUUUUGUUGUACGAGUUUAAUUAACUGUGAUAAUUUGAUAUUUAUGUUCUUUAAAAGUUUUAAAUACAUACAUGGUUGUACAGAAAGCCAGCCAGGAGGAAAAUUUGAUACUAACUCUUUAUGGAAGUUUUAUCACAUUAAUGAUUAAGUAUUGUUAGAAAUAUGAAGAAAACUUCCUUUUAUACAUGCAAAUGAGUGUAACUGAAAUGUCCCAGUAUUUGUUGAAUAACUAGUGUUUGUACAUGUAAUAUCAAACUAUAUGAGCAAACAAAUUCCCUACCAGCAUGUGAGUAUGUUGGAGAUCGGUAUACUGGUCAAAAUUUCUAACCCACUAAUGCACAAAUGCGAGUGAAUUUUAAAUCCAGUCAUAUUUACAUGUACAUACAACCAUUGUUGUAUUAAAUUUCUUAGUAAAAAGUCCUUUCAACAUCAAAUGGAAAUAUGAAUACAUGUAUUACAGAUUACAGACACCUACAUUGUUAGAAUUAUGAAAUGAAGUAACUUGGGGUGGUUAAUAAAAACGUGUUAACUGUCCUAACUAUAUCUGUUGAAAUUGAAAACAUUUAAUGUGACUUUGAGAUUCAUUAGACCGCGACACUCUGUGUCUCUGGGUAAAAUUUGUGCUCCUGUGUAGUAACAGUAAAACAAAAACUCUUGUGUUUUCAUGUUCUUUGUGGUAGGAAAGAAACCAGGAAUAUAUGAAGAGCUAGUGAAUUAUCUAUUCCAUUACAUUUACUCUGUUUCAAAGCAAUAUUUACGGAAUUUAGUACGAAAAUGUUUACACAUGUUGCUUUGCAGUUCAGCUGCCACAUAAGUCAUAGAUGAAUAAUGGCAAAGGCCCCAGAAGUAUGGAUGACCUAAAUUAUGGAUGACAAUUAAUAGACAAAGAUUGAUUCAUGCUCAUCAGUUUGUAGAUUUGCAAACUGGUAGCCAUACAUGGUUUAAUCAUAUCAUCUAAUAUUAGAUAUAAUCCUUCAAGGUUAAUAUUGACGUUAUGAUGCUAAACCAUCAAACAUCUGGUUGUUUAUUUGGCAGUAUAAUUUGUUUGUCUUUAAUUAGCAAUUUAACAAUAUGUUGAUUAAAUAGCUUAUACAUAGUAUUGUCUAUAGUAAUCUCAUGUAACAUGGAGUGGUAAGAAAUAUGAUUAGUAUACCUGUACUCCCUGUAGUGAGGGAUAUACGUGUAGGCGGGUGCUUCACAUAUUUAUUGAAUGUUUAGUCACCUCGGAGUGAAUUAUUGAAAUGUAAUACGAUUUGGAGGCUGUUGUUGCUUGCUAUAGCUGUAAUUUGUAAUCUUUUCUUUUGGAUUAUUUGGAAUUUGUCUGGAAUGUCUAACUAUUCUUGGAAAUAAACUUCAUGGAUUCUGUGCUGAAUUAACUAUGAUGGAAAUGUCCAGUUUAACUAUUAUGGCUUUAAAAUUUCCUUAAAUCUUCAUAAAAAGAAACAAAUUUGAAGAAUUUAUUACAUUUUUUUUGUUCUAUCACAUCCAUUACAAUUUCAUAUGAUUUGCCUCAAAUUAGUACCUGUUGUCAAAAGUGAUAUAAGUUUGCAAUUUUGCUAUAUAUGAUAAGGGCCUAAUCUUGUACACGCACCAACAAAAAAAAAAACCCUAGUAAAAAUUCAGGUGAAUUUCUAGAGAUUUCAAAUAAUUCUUUAUUUUCAAUUCUUCUGAUCAGUUUCAUACUAUUUUUCAUGAUUUAAAUCAGAAUGCAACAUUUUACUGUUUAUUGUUAUUUGUCUUUGGUGUCUAUCAGGUAUUACACUUAAAUAUUCCGUACAGUUGUAUCACCAGUCACUCUUACAAAUGUUCCUUGUAGCCUAUGAAAUUAUUGUUUCUAUGUAAUUUUAAGAUUAGUAUGACUGCUGUGACAUAUGAUUGAUAAAGACAGUGAAUUUCUUCUCCAGAAUGGCUACCGUUCCUGGUUACCAUACUUGGUACAAGUGGACCUUUUGUGGUCCCGCAGAAGUGUAAAUAUUACAUUUUGGAGCAAUCUGACUUUCAGUAUAGCCAACAUGGCAUUUGAUAAGCUGAAGAUUUUAUAGUCGGGUUAGCAAUUGGACCUGUGUUUGAGAUAUACGUACAGUAUGCAGUUGAGAGAUGCACAUGUAGUUUGCAGAAAGGACUGAUUAAUGAAAAGUGGUACAUUUAUGAUGUAAUGUCUUAGAUCACUGGCAUUUUUCUAUAAAUAACACACAGUGUAGUGCUAUAAAUGAGAUAUUAUCUUACAAUGUAAUUAUCUAGAACAACCACUUCUCUAAAAUAUUUUAAUCCAAUUAUUAAGGGUUUUUUAUUUGUUUUAUGUCCCAUUCAUGAAUUGUUCACUCACAAGACAUCACCAGCUGUAGAUUGACAAUGACUCUGAAGAUUUCUGUUUUCCUCUUGCAGAGGUUUAUGUACUAAAUUAUGUAGGGUUAUGUAGUAAAAGUUAAUGUUGAAGUUUCAAUCAUAAUAUCUCUGCAACAGUUUUAAAUCUGUCCUGAUGAAAUGCAAUAAAUGGUUUAGAUUUUUCAUGAUAAAUAUAGCAGAAUCAACUCCAGAAUACAUUUUUAAGCAAAAGAUUUUUUUCAUUGAAAUUAUAGCUCAAAACAUAAUCAACAUUAUGACUUUAUGCUUUACAUGUAUCAGAAAGCCAUGCACUCUUCACUGAAAUGAAGCUUUAAGCUUUGCUUUAAGAAAAAAGUAAUUUUAGGAGCCCAAAGCAGGACCAUAUACCAUACAUAGUCCUAUAGGUUAAAACUAACUUGUGUAAAGAUUUUUCAUGAAGUGCAGUUUUCAACAAACAAAAUUUCUCUAUCACUUGAAAAUUUAUGGCAUGAACAUGGAGGUUUUUUUUUUUUUUUUUACCUAUGCUUGAUGCUUUCUGAAAGGAAAACUGAAACGUAUCCAAUGUGUGAAUAUUGACUAUAAAAAAUAUCACUUUAUGUUGCAUUUCUGAAUUGGGCCAUUUUGGUCAAAUUUGGAAUAGUUACCAAUGUAUGAAGCAAAAGCACGACUGUCAAUUUUUGUGGUCAAGUAGAACCCUUAUCAUACAUAGUACAGCAAAUUUUUCAAAAGUGUGAAUAUCAGAAAACAAGCCAAUAGUAUGAACCAGAUCAUGUACUUUCCAUUUAUUUAUAACAACAUGUGGGAUUUGCUAUCGUAUGGUGUAGGUGUAAGCCAAAGGCACUUAAUGUUAUAUUUUUCAACAAAAAAAAUCACAUUUACAUUUUAAAAUCACGUAAACUUAAUAUUUAGGGUAUGGUACUUGCAUUAUUUUAUACAUGUGGGAUGCAUGUGGUGUUAACAUCAGUUUGUAUAUCUGCAAGUUGGAUGAAAAACAGGAAUUUUUUUAAUAUAUUUCAAAUUCAGAGUAAUGAAACCUUAUGAAGGUGUAUAAUAAUGUUGAUAAUUUGAUUCCUUUAGAGAUUAAUAUAAGUUGUACACUAAUUACUGUAUAUUUUGUUGUUGAUGAACAGCUUCUUAUUAAUAUACACUUUUAUCGUAUUUAUCCCCCUUGUGAUCUGUUUGUGAUGUAUUUACAUUUAUAUUUUGUCAAUUAACAUGUCUAAAUAAAGUACCUACUAUAUGAUUGGAAGGUUUUAAAAAUCA